AGAAUAUUCUCAAACUCCGGCCGCUGUCCCUUUUUAGCCGAAGAAGCGCCGAUGACUCUGGAUCCUAUCAACCCUCCCGCUCACUCCCCUCUCCUUCGGUUCUCCCUGGAAAAAAAAAACCCUAAAUUGUACAAAUCUCCAAGCUCACACCUUUUUUUAAAAUCAACUUAAGCUCAUGGAUCGUCUCGCUGCUCCGGCUCGCCUAAUGAUCGUCUCCGACCUCGACAACACAAUGGUUGAUCAUGAUGAUCCUAAUAACCUCUCGCUGCUUCGAUUCGAUGCGCUGUGGGAAUCAAGCUACCGCCAUGACUCUCUCCUUGUGUUCUCGACUGGGAGAUCGCCGGCGAUGUACAAGGAGCUGAGGAAAGAGAAGCCCUUGCUGACCCCCGAUAUCACGAUCAUGUCGGUUGGCACCGAGAUCGCUUAUGGUGAGACGAUGGUUGUUGAUGAGGAGUGGGAGCGGUUUCUUGAUCAGAAAUGGGAUCGAGACGUUGUCAUUGAGGAGACGUCCAAGUUUCCCGAGCUCUUGUUUCAGUCAGCAACAGAGCAGCGGCCUCAUAAGGUUAGCUUCUUCAUAGAGAAAAGAAAAGCUGAAGGAGUGAUACAGUCCCUCUAUGAACGUCUCGGGAAACAAGGGUUGGAUGUGAAAAUAAUUUAUAGCAGCGGAACAGCCAUUGAUGUACUUCCACAAGGUGCAGGCAAGGGUCAAGCUCUAGCCUAUUUGCUUAAGAGGUUUAAAUCGGAUGGAAAGACUCCUGUGAAUACUCUCGUUUGUGGUGAUUCUGGCAAUGAUGCUGAGCUGUUCAUUGUUCCUGAUGUCCACGGCGUGAUAGUUAGCAAUGCCCAAGAGGAGUUAUUGCAAUGGUACAAGGAAAUUGGCAAGAAUAAUCUGAAGAUAAUUCAUGCAACUGAAAGAUGUGCAGCAGGUAUAAUUGAAGGUAUAGGGCAUUUCAAGCUGGGUCCUAAUAUGUCUCCUAGAGAUGUUGUGGAUUUAUCUACUUUCAAGCUAGAGACAUUCAAUCCUGGGCAUGAGGUCGUCAUGUUCUACUUGUUGUAUGAGAGAUGGCGUCGAGCUGAGCUAGAAAACUCUAAAUUGAUCAUUGAGAAUAUGAAAAGGAUAACAUAUCACAGUGGAAUUAUUGUCCAUCCUUCUGGAGUUGAGUGUCGUCUUCAUGAGUGUAUCGAUACAUUUGCACAUUAUUAUGGUGAUAGAAAAGGAAGUCAGUUUCAAGUUUGGGUGGACAGAGUAUCUUCUUCUCAGAUUGGUUCAGAUACUUGGCUAGUGAAAUUUGAUAAAUGGGAGCAGUCAGAUGAAGGGCCUCAGAGUUGUAUUGUGACCGCGCUAUUACACUCGAAGCCUGAAACUCCAGAAGGAUUUGCGUUGGUGCACGCCCAUCAAACGUGGAUGGACGGAUUUGCAGCAAGGGAUAAAAGUUCAUGUAUUUUCUGAGUUUUGAUACGAAACCAGUCUGUAAAUCAACAGAAAACUCAGCGGAAAAAAAGGAAAUAAGUGUAUAAUUUCUUCUUUUUGCUGAGGACUCUAUGUAAGUUGUUUACACUUCAAUGGAUAGAACUUAGUUUGAAGUUCAA